AUGGGUAUCAAAAUCAUCAUUGUAGGAGGCAGUGUCGCUGGCCUUUCUCUUGCCAAUAUGCUAGAGAGAUUCGACAUCGAUUACACGAUUCUCGAAGCGUAUUCUGAAAUUGCGCCCCAAGUUGGAGCUAGCAUCGGCUUACUUCCUAACGGCCUGCGCAUUCUGGAUCAAUUAGGCUGCUAUGAGCGACUCCGAGAGGCUGCUGGAAACUACUAUCACAGGGUGACCUUCCGCGAUGCGAAUGGGAAACCCAUCUCCUCAACGCCCGGACCUACAAUGUCAGAAAGAAUGGAGAAACACGCCGGAUACGCGUCUUUGUGGGUAGAUAGACAAAUGUUACUUCAAAUCCUGUACGACAACUUGAAACAAAAGGACAAAGUCCUCACGAACAAGCGCGUCGUCCACGUGGAAACCAGCUCUACAGGAGUUGUGAUCACGACGGAAGAUGGAUCGACACAUACCGGCGAUAUCCUGGUUGGCGGUGAUGGAGUUCAUAGUAAGGUACGGGAAGAGAUGUGGCGGAUAGCUAGUGUCUCUGAUCCAAUUGCAUUUCCCCAAGAAGAGAGAUCAAUUGCACAAUCGAGUAUGAAGUGCAUCUUCGGAAUUUCUAGACAACCAGUAAACUUCCCGCCUGGUGCCACUCAGCAGAGCACCUUUUUCCGAGGCCAUCUAUACUUGGUUAUAUCCGCACCGGGAAACCGGGUGUAUUGGUUCCUGUUCCACGAAUUAGGAGAGACAAAAUUCGGAAAAGACAUUCCUAAAUUCUCUAAGGAGGAUGAGUUGCUCCUGUCGACACAACACCGAGAAGAUCACAUCACAGAAGAACUGACGUUCGGGGAUCUCUACGACAACCGCAUCAAGUCUACAUUGGUCCCAUUAGAGGAACAUGUCUUCAGGCGAUGGCAUUUCCAGAGGAUUCUUAUUAUCGGUGAUGCGGCAACCAAGGUCCAUCCGAUCUCAGCUCAAGGAGGAAACGGUGCGAUUGAGGCGGCAGCGAAUCUUGUCAACGCCCUCACGCGUAACGAGAUUCCAACGUCUCCAGACCUCCAACUCGAAUUCAUCGAAAAGGCGCUGAGUGAAGUAUGCGCAAUUCGAUAUGAACGGGCCUCCAGCAUGAUGAAGAAGGGUCGUCGGGAUGGCGCAUUCCUCUGCCAACAGCCGCCGUUUUCAGGGCUUAUUAUACAUUACGUUUUGCCCUGGCUCGGGGAUGACCUCUUCUUCAGGGAGGUUCUCAAGCAGUCUCUUGCUGGUCCACAUAUCGAGAAGCUCCCUGCACCGGAAAGACCCCAUACGACGCCUUACAAUGACGAGUUGCCUCCAAUUUCUUCAAGGUACUGCUUGUUUGGUUGGACUACCGGGACGCUCUUAGUGGUGACUCUUGGUAUGUCUCUAUACCUAGCUCAAAGUGCUGGACGGUUGGUAUGGGUGGCCAAAAGCCGCUAG